GUAGAGGAAUGAAGGGCAGGGGAAAUUUUAGCGGUGUAUUGCGGCAGAAUAUGACGUUACAGGGGCUCCAGUUACUUGAACCCAGUGAGCCAGUCAGCCAAUGAGUGAAUGGACUCGUUCAAUUGAGGUUCCCUUCACGCACGCCCCAAAGCAGAUGCUUCGCGCCCGACACAAAGUAUCAGGCCAUAGUUUUCCUGGCUCUGAGAAGAUAUAAGACUACGAGAGUGCUAAGCUUAUUCUAUAGCUCCAGUGGUCACCAUGUCAGACCCGGUUUUGAGUGCUGGCCCCGACAUGCUCGAGGAGACAUUGGGUCGCCUUUCCAAGAAGCCAGGUGUCAGAGCAACCUUAAUCCUGGACCGCGCCUCAGGAGCCAUCUUGAAAACAAGCGGCCAGAUCAGCUCCAUUCGGAAGACCAAGGCUCCCGCGUCAUCCCUCCCCGCCGUCGGGUCCUUCUCAAAUGAAACCAGCAAUAACAGUGCCAACCAGGACCAGGGCGCUGAGGAACUGGCAUCGAUGGUGUGGAAUUUUGUCAACACCGCUGGUAGUCUCGUGCAAGAGCUGGAUACUGAGGAUGAAGUGAAGCUGUUACGGCUACGAACCAAGAAGGAAGAAUUUGUCAUCGUCCCGGACGCAAAAUAUCUGCUUAUUGUCAUUCACGACACCUCGGCAUGAGAGUGCAGGAGAACCAGGGUAUUUAUUUCAAGGCUGAGGGGUGCGGAGAUGCCGCGAACAGGUCGACGCGCUCAUCACCGGGAGUUCUCACCUCAGCAGGGCGUCCGUCAAUAGCUCCGCAUCGCUUGAUUUUAAGUCCAAGAGCUCCAGCAGGCCAGGUUCCUAAGAGCCUUUGGCAAACCCGCCUCCGCCUCAGAUGAAGGUAACUUU